GCUCCUACGCUCUGUGUUGUUAUUCUUCCAGGCGGCUAGCCGCUAGCCGGUCGCCAACAUGCAAAACUGUGAUCCAGCAGGAUGUUAGGAUGGAGUGUGGCUCAUUUUUGCCAGACAUUCUGGUGUUGGAGAUCUUCCUGCGUCUGCCCCACGAUGCCGUGCUGAGGGCGGGCCUCACCUGUCGCCAGUGGCUGGCCGUCUCCAGGGAUGAGUUUUUAUGGAGGGAGCUGUUCUACUCCUACUACCGCAUCCCCCGCGCCGUACCCCGACACCCAGCGGCCGUGUCGUGGUACAGGGAGUUCAAGCGUCUCUUUGACUGUAUCCCGUGUGUUGAGGUCCAAACACUGAGGGAGCACAGCGACCAGGUGCUCCAUUUGGCCUUCUCCCACCGGGGCCACCGCUUCUCCUCGUGCUCCAAAGACUGCACUGUCAAGCUUUGGGACACGGAGCGGCACGAUGGCAACAUCUCGCUGGUGCACAGCUCCAGCAUGCGUCAGUUCAACUGGGGCUACACGCAGUUCUCGCAGUUCAACGCCGACGACAGCCUGCUGCUGGUGUCCGGCGUCUACCUGGGCCCGCACCACUCCUCCUCGGGGGAGAUCGCCGUCCUCAGUUUGGAAAACUACACACUGCUCUCGCGGGUGAGGAACAAGCCGUACGACGUGUUCGGCUGCUGGCUCAACGAGACGCACCUGAUCUCGGGCAACCUGCACUGGAUCGGCAACAUGACGUCCUGCUCCGUGCUCUGGCUCAAUAAAGCCUUCCAGGAUAUCGAGUCGGAGAACGUCAACGUGGUGAAGCGUCUCUUCAAGAUCCAGAACAUCAACGCCAGCACCAUCCGCACCGUCAUGGUGGCCCACUGCCGCCGUCACGACAACCCCGACCUGCUGCUGGACUACGACGCUCAGUCUCAGGCCCGCAGGCAGAAAAGCCAACAGCAGCAGCGGCAGCACCAGCCGCUCCUCUUCGACCUGGGAACGUCCGGCAGCGAAGAGGAAGACGAGGAGGACGCGGCGAGCCCGAGAGACGACAGAUGUCACGGCACGGCCGCCGCCAUCUCGAGCCUGGAGCACUUGAAGCAGAGUUGUAAGAAUAUGGAGCCCAGCCAGGUGGCCAUUGAGAGACAGGUGGCUCAGAUGAUGGGCCGGGUCUACACCAAAGCCCCAGACACAAACCUAAUGGAGACCUGCGAGCCCGGUGACGGAGAGGACAAGACUUACUUAUUGUUUACCACUGGCAGCCUUACGUACUCUCCUCACCAGAUAGGCAUUAAGAGGAUCAAGCCGGACCAGAUGACCACCUCCGGACCCGUGCUCGGAGAGGAACGCAGCUCCGACGAGUUCUUCGACUCGCUGGACCACGUCAUCGAUAUCCACGGGCACAUCAUUGGGAUGGGCCUCUCUCCGGACAACCGGUACCUGUACGUGAACAGCCGGGCGUGGCCCGCGGGCUGCAUCAUCUCCGACCCCAUGUCUCCGCCCCCCAUCGCCGAGGAGAUCGACCUUCACGUGAUCGACCUGAAGAGUCUGAGGGAGGAGCGGCGCAGUCUUCGCGCCCACCGAGCCUUCACGCCCAACGACGAGUGCUUCUUCAUCUUUCUCGACGUCAGCAGAGACUUUGUUGCCAGCGGCGCCGAAGACAAGCACGGCUACAUCUGGGACCGCCACUACAACAUCUGCCUGGCGCGGCUGGCCCACGACGACGUAGUCAACUCUGUGGCGUUCAGCCCCGCCGAUCAAGAGCUGCUGCUGUCGGCCAGCGACGACGCCACCGUCAAGGUCUGGCGCUCCCCCCGCGCCGUACGCCUGGCGUGGGACGCCACCCGGCACACCCGGACCCACCGCCGCCCUGGCCUCUUGGCCUCCUGGCUCAAUCGCAGCAGGGGCCUCAACGGCAAGCCGUGACGGACGCCGCGUCAACACUGGGGGGGGGGGGGGGGGGGGGCGUUUCCUAAGCGUGCACGCAGACUGUUGAUAGCUUCGCUGUGAACAACCGUCACAAGACAUUUUUAACAGAAGACAAAACAUUUUUUAAACUUUUUUUCUUUGUUUCUUUUGAACACAGACAUAACACUGGGGAAAUUGUUUUUAAUUGUGGCCACAGUGUAGAUAUAACAAACGUGGACACAAAAUAGAAAUUUGUGGCCAUGAAAUACAUGGGUAUAAUGUAUGACCAUAAUAUGUACGUGUGGUCACAAAAUACUAAUUUGUUGCCCCGAGAUAAAUAGAAGGAAGAAUUUUCUUCCCAUGUCAUAUUUGGGGCCACGUAGCCCAGAGAGAAUUUUAACAAAAAAUAAGUUACAUUUUAGGCGGCACGGUGCAGACUCGUUAGCACAUCUGUCUCACAGUUCUGAGGACCGGGGUUCGAAUCCCGGCCCCGCCUGUGUGGAGUUUGCAUGUCCUCCCUGUGCCUGGUGUGGGUUUUCGCCGGGCACUCCGGUUUCCUUCCACAUCCCCAAAACAUGCACGGUAGGUUGAUUGGAAACUCUAAAUUGCCCUUAGGUGUGAAUGUGUGCGCAAAUGGGUGUUUGUUUCUAUGUGCCCUGCGAUAGGCUGGCAACCAGUUCAGGGUGUACCCCGCCUCUCGCCCGAAGAUAGCUGGGAUAGGCUCCAGCAUGCCCGCAACCCUUGUGAGGAUAAAGCGGUACAGAAAAUGGAUGGAAGGUACGGACUCUUCCCGGCCAGCUUCCCCAGCGGGCAGAAGAGCGGGCAGCCGCUGGCGAUGUUCAUCUCGCCCACGGGCCGCUGGAAGGACGUGGAGGUGACAUCCGGACGGAAGGCGUCGAUUAUGUGCUCGCGGUUGUUCUGGUCCAGCAGCAUCAGCGUCACCUGAACAACACGACGCGAGAGGACCAGGGUCAAGUCGUUUUGCUUGUUUUUCUCGUUUUUCCGGCCCGUUCGGAAGUAAGUCCGCAUACGUGCGGGUCUUGGGUGAGUCUCACGGCUUCACCGUCAAAUGUUAAGCGAGUCCCAAGUUACUGUGGCACAAAUUUAUAUGAUGUUAAAUUAUCUGUCUUCACGUGUUUGUGACGUUUAUGCUCAAAUGUCUGUUGUUUAAAGGUUUACAACAACUGCAAAAUUUAUGACAAUUUCAUUAGCCCGUCUAUGGUAUUUUGCAGUGUGUUAGCAUUAAGCGAGCAGACUUUUGUAAGGCAAAGUUGUUGUUCACAUUGAUCUGAUUUCAUAAUUAAUGUUAUUUUUUU